AUCACGCACUUGAAAAUUUCCUGACACCGUAUCUCCCUUAAAACUAGAAAAUAUCCUUGAAAGUGGGAGCCCCCGGCCCCCGGCCCUGUGUGUGUUGUUGCGGCUGACGGCGGUACAGUCUCGGCGGCGGUACGGUGACGACACUGGCCUGGCUCAGCCUGGCGCGACGUGCCCCGCAAGACUGCCGGUGUUGUCUCCUGCAGGAGGUGCCGACACAAGCCCGCCAGGGAACCUACUGCUGCUGGUGCUCGUCCACGGCUCCACGCCUGCCCCGGGGGUGCCCCGCCACCUGUGUUGUGCCUCAGCGCUGGAAGGAUGAAGCCUGGCUACCUCCCAGUCCUGGCAAGAGGGUGUUCCUGAGAGGCUUAAGUAAGCUGCCAAGCCUCUGUGAUGGAAGCUUGGCUGGACCGUUGUUCUGCUGCCCCAGACAGAGAGCCAAACAGAAUCCCAAGUAUCAAUAGAUAGAAUGACAAUAUCAUAAGCAGAUUAAGUGUUCCUCUACCUCAGCCCAUCCCAAGGCCAUGGUGCGCAUGGAUAGGAUGGCAGAUGAGGACCUAGAGAGUGGACAGCCAUGCCUUCCGCCCAACCCUCCGCCACGGCCCAGGGUCUGUCACCACCACCAUCACCACCACCACCAUGGGCAUCACCAUGGAAACCAGGACUGCGAGGAGGAAAACAUGACCCCAAAGCAAAAGGCAGAUUUUGCUGUGAUAAAAUUUGUGGCAGGUCUGGUGUUGGCGGUGAUGCGGAGAUUCUGGGUGACGUCUUCAGCUGUGGUUGUAGGGAUUUUUGUGCUGUUCUGGCUGUAUGGGGGUCUCUUUGCCCUACUCCUGCUGCUUUUUGCUCUCUCAGGCGUGGUGUACCAGGUCAGUGACCUCCUAGUGUACUGGCCUAACUUCCCACCCGAUUCGAGAGUUUUGGUGCAGCCACCUGCCACACUUGGCCUGCCAUCAGAGAACCUGUUCCUGUAUGCCCGUGAUGGUACCAAGCUCCAUGCUGUUUUCAUAAAACAGGACCCUUCAACCAUCCACACUGCCCCCACCUUCAUAUACUUUCAUGGAAAUGCUGGAAAUCUUGGCCACAGGCUGAGCAAUGUGUAUGGCUUGUACCGCUGCGUAGGGGUAAACCUGCUGCUGCUGGAGUACCGUGGGUAUGGCCUGAGUCAGGGAGCACCGUCCGAGGAGGGGCUGUACUUGGAUGCACAAGCUGCCGUCUCCUACCUUAAGACUCGCCCAGACAUUGAUCAAAAUAAGAUCAUAAUUUUUGGCAGAUCCCUAGGUCAGUCUCUGAAAGCUACUCUGGUGGGGCAGUGGCUGUGGACUGUGUGAGCCGGGCUGAGGUGAGCAGCCGGGUGGCAGCAGUGGUGCUGGAGAACACCUUCACCUCCAUCCCAGACAUGGCCAAGGUGCUCUUCUCCAGUGUUAGGCUCCUGGCACGCCUCCCCCACUGGUGCCACAAG